CGGGAGGCGGGCGAGGGGAGCGACAGCCCCGGCGCGAGCCGGCACAGUUGCUCGGCGCCGCGCCCGCCCGCGCCCCGCGGCUCCCCCUGCUGGAGCGCAGCGUACAGGCAGCGGAUUUCUUCUCCUCUCCCUUUUCCCCGGACUUUGAAGAGGACUCGGCUGCGACAUGGCAGGACGCCGGCGAGCCUGAGGACUAAAAGAAUAAAGACACGUUUAACUUUUGAGAACUAUAAGAAAGCUUGCAACAGUUUGGAAUGGAAUGACUUAUGAUACCUCUGCUAUGUGAGACCUACAUUUUGUGUCAUCGUUGGCCGGCUGCUGCUGGUGGACUUUGGCUGACUUGGUUGCAGUAAAUCCAACAAGCAGGUCCUCAUCGCUAACAGAACAAAAACAAGUGUGAUGCUGAAAUGAGAUGAGGCUCCGAAAUGGAACUGUGGCCACCGUGUUAGUUUUCAUCACUACUUUCCUCAGUUUGUCCUGGUAUACUGCAUGGCAAAAUGGGAAAGAAAAGUUGAUUGCAUAUCAGCGGGAGUUUCAUGCUUUGAAGGAACGUCUUCGUAUAGCUGAGCAUCGCACUCUGCAGCGCUCUUCUGAGCUGAACGCGAUCUUGGAGCAAUUCAGGCGUGCAGUAGCAGAAACAAACGGCAGUAAGAAUGCAAUGAAUAAUUUUUCAGAUGAGACGCUGAAAUUGUUAAAAGAGCUAGCAAGUAGAAAAUCUCUUCAAGUGCCAAACAUCUAUUACCAUUUGCCUCAUUUGUUGAAAAAUGAAGGAAGCCUUCAACCCUCUGUACAGAUCGGCCUUGGAAGGACAGGAGUUUCCAUUGUAAUGGGAAUACCUACAGUGAAGAGAAAAGUCAAGUCUUACCUUACAGAAACUCUCCACUCACUUAUUGAUAAGCUGUCCCCUGAAGAAAAACUGGAUUGUGUUAUGGUUGUCUUUAUUGGAGAGACUGAUCUUGAUUACGUUAACAGCGUUGUUGCAAGCCUGGAAAAAGAGUUUUCUACAGAGAUCAAUUCUGGCUUAGUGGAAGUAAUAGCCCCACCUGCAUCUUACUAUCCUGACUUGACAAACUUGAAAGAGACAUUUGGAGACUCAAAAGAGAGAGUGAGAUGGAGAACAAAGCAAAACUUGGAUUAUUGUUUUCUUAUGAUGUAUGCCCAGAAAAAGGGUGUUUAUUACAUCCAGCUCGAAGAUGACAUCGUUGUCAAGCAGAAUUAUUUCAGCACAAUAAAAAACUUUGCACUUCAGCUUGCUUCUGAAGAUUGGAUGAUUCUAGAAUUUUCUCAGCUGGGUUUCAUUGGUAAAAUGUUCCAGUCUCCAGAUAUCACUCUUAUUGUAGAGUUCAUAUUUAUGUUUUAUAAGGAGAAACCUAUUGAUUGGCUUCUGGACCAUAUCCUCUGGGUGAAAGUGUGUAACCCUGAGAAAGAUGCUAAACAUUGUGAUCGACAGAAAUCCAACCUACGGAUACGCUUCAGGCCUUCUCUUUUCCAGCAUGUUGGCCUUCACUCCUCUCUAGCAGGAAAGAUCCAGAAACUCACAGAUAAAGACUUCCUCAAACCAUUGCUGCAUAAAAUCCAUGUGAAUCCACCUGCAGAGGUUUCGACAUCUUUAAAAGUCUACCAGGGACAUACGCUAGAAAAAACCUACGUAGGGGAAGACUUUUUCUGGGCUGUCACACCAGUUGCUGGGGAUUAUAUUCUAUUUAAGUUUGACAAGCCAGUCAAUGUAGAAAGGUACUUGUUUCACAGUGGCAAUCCAGAGCAUCCAGGAGACAUACUUCUAAACACAACUGUGGAAGUUUUGCCUUUUCAGAAUGAAGAACUAGUAUUAAGCAAAGAAACCAAAGACAAACGCUUAGAGGAUGGUUACUUCAGGAUAGGAAGGUUUGAAAAUGGUAUAGCUGAAGGAACGGUUGACCCCAGCCUAAACCCUAUUUCAUCAUUCCGGCUUUCAGUGAUACAAAAUUCAGCAGUCUGGGCAAUUCUGAAUGAGAUUCACAUUAAAAAGGUUACAAACUGAUCACGGAGAUCUGCUCUAGAGAAAAAAGAAGGAAUCCUUGACAACUUUCCCUAUAAAAUCUAACAUCCUUAGCAAGUCACAAAUUGAAAAUUACUGAGCAUGCACCUUAUUCCAAAUUUCUUUCAUUUUCACUUGAACUCUACCUCUUGUGAAAUCUACUGUAGAUGAGAAGAUUGUAUUUACCCCUUCUUAUCUGAUCCAUCCAGAAACUGAUGCUCCACGCUGAUAACGUUCUCCCGAGGCCUAAGUCGUCCUCCAGUUUGAUGUGACUUUACCAUCUUACGGUUACAGAACCCUGCUACUCUUCACCUGUACUAUUUUGAUAGUAUAGUAAUAUAGAGAAGUUGUACAUAUUGUUACAUUCCUUGAAGAAGAAGACUAUAAUUAUUGUUAAAUAUGUUUUAUGAAGGGGGUACUUUCGGAGUUCCAUUUAUUUUCUAUAACAAGAACCCUCUUUUAUAGACUGUCAGGGAUAUAUAUUAAAAAUGUUUAGGGGUAUUUAAUUUAUUAAAAUAAUUUGAAAAGUACAUAUUUUUAUGCAGUAAAAUUUUAAAUUGAUAUAGUUUUUUUUAUGGAUUCUCUAGUUUAAGUUAUCUUUCUACAUUUUUCUUUGGAGAUGCAAACAUAAAUUAAUACCAUGUUUCAACUCUACUGCCAUGUUUUAAAAAACCCUAGGUUAAGUUUCUAAAUUGUGUAGUUUUGUACACAGAAUCUGAAUGACGUUCAAAGGCAUUAACAGAGUUCUGAAGAGCAUUAUUAUUCUUCGGGGCUGUGAGAUUCCACUAUGUACAGUUUGUAGCCACCUAAAAAGCAUGCUGAAAUGUUUCAUAUGAUGUACUAAAUCUGCAGUGAUUUUAGAUCGAAUCCAUUGCAGUUUAGAAAGAAAAAUUUUCAAUUCCAAACAGUUCUUUCUAAAAAAACCUUUGUAGACAUUUCAUAGCCUGGACAAGUUAAUUUUCUGUACUGGAAAAAAACCAACCAACCAAAUUCAUUCUCCAGCUUUGCUUUGGAGUGACAGAAGUUACCUUUUAUCAAAAGAAUUAAGAGUAGUCAGAUACGUUUGAUCUACAGAGAGCUCCUUUUAAAUUGUUCUGUUCCUGCAGCGUUUAUUUCAGAUUCAUGACAGUGAGCAGUUAUGGUUUAUUUUUAUUUUUUUCCAUUGUUCAAGAACAAAGUCUCACUUCGACUCCUUUAUUGAUGAGUGUAGUAACUCACGCUAUUAGUAAGAAUGGCAUUUGGCCUCAAGUUACUACCCUGCCUUUUUGUUUCAAGGGAAACAACAGUGAUUUUAAAUGAAACAGAAGGUGGUUUGUAUUAUACCCAGAGUGGAGUUGUUGCAGUACUAAUGCUGCUGCUGUUCUUGAGAGUCUAUCUGUUUAGGUGCUUAUGUGUAAGGACACGGGCAAAGGCAAAUUUAAGUUACCCAGUCAGAAAUGGUCAGGAAGAAGAGAGGCAGAGAUGCCUCUCUUUAAUAGGAAUGAAGUGACUGAUUGAUGCUGGAGGGAGGCAUCUACCCCAGCGUGGGGAUUCUCAGCUGUACUGGGAACCAGCCUCCUGGAACUGACACCUUGAAAGAUGGCCUAGUUUUCCCUGUUGAAAAAAAGCCCUCUGUUAUUCCCAACAUCUUUGUGGCCAGGGCACAGAUGCACAAAACCUGUUGUGAGUUCCCUAAUCUAGUGAAUUCCUAUCUCUGUUAUGAAAGUCUAACUAAUAGAUUUGUCUACUUUUCCAUGAUGUUUUUUACAAGGAGCAGGAGCCCAAGUCUGACUCUCUGGCACUGUAAGCUGAAAUCGCCACUGGGAUAUACACUCAACAUGUCUUUUCUUCUGCCUUGUUAGAGAAUUGUGCGGUAGCUUUGACAGUUCAGCAGUAUUCAGGUUUAAGAGCUUAACUGCUUCUGCAGACUGUAGUCGUUUUGGUUUUGCUCUGUUGUGUGAGGACACAGUGAAGGUGUGAUUUGUACACAGAGGUAAGCCCACCUGUUUCGACUGACUGCUGUAAGUUGUAGAAAAGUAGAAAGCUACCAGGCAGGCCUUGUUUACUUUUUUUCUGACCUCAUCAGACAAUGUAAAUAAAAUGUUGCUUGGAAAGCUCAUCUUGCCCAUAAAGACCGUGGGUAUUAAGCUAAGCACUGGGCUCAUAAAUGGAGGUUAUUCUUAGGUUUAGGAACAUGGGUGACUGGGCUCAGCAUCUCAUGUGAAUCUAGGCUGCGGUGGUGCCCCAGCCCAGUUCAUCACACAUAUAAUGCCACACCAUCAAAUUAUCGCCAUGCAGUGGCUUUUUAUCACCCAUUAGCUGGCAAAGGUCUAAGAAAGUAUUUAGGUUUUCUUCUCAGCUGUGCCUGUGAAUGAAUGAUGCAACUAACUUAAACUUUUGCUAUUUAUUAAGAUUUAGAUCUCAGAAAUACGUUUUGCUGACAGUGACUUUCAUCAUUUUCCGUGAGUUCAAAAGUUUACUGGUACCAGUUAUUUAAGCUAACUGGGUGCUUAUUCUCAAAGCAUGGCUGUUGCUGGUAUUUCACAGUAGUUAGGAUGAAUCAUUGCUGAUACAUUUGAAAUAUAUGGAACCCUUACCACAUCAACUGGUAAAGAGUAUAUUUAGUUUUCAAAAGCGAUGAGAUGAAAUUUUAUCAAAGAUAACAAAUGGACUAGUGCUUGGUUGAAGUAUGUCAGAGUCUUUCUAAAGACUGUUGCAUUUUUAUUACAUUGUGCUAGCAAAACUUGAAAAUACUCUGGGCUGCUUUAACACUUGAAAUGUUCCUGACCUUAUAUGGUCACUAAAUAAACGUGCCACAUUAACACCAAUUACAUUUUGUAGGUUCAGGUAAAUUCAGACCUGGUGGAAUCAGAUAGUCCUGCAAAUUUUCAGGGAAAUUUUGCUGAGAAAAAGCAAGGAAAAUAUUUUCUAGCUAACUGUUUCUGCAGACAAGUAUUUUGGGCUUUCUACCUUGCAAAUUCUGAUCCCCAAGUCAGGAAAAAGUGGUACAAGUCCCCUUCCUGGAAUGAUGGUGAAAUAAUGGCGCACUAAUCCUUAGCUUGGGAACUCAUUUAUGACUGGGUGUACUCCGGCAAGGCUGAUGUCUCCUACAUGUCUCAGUCCUAAGUUACAGUGUUACAGGAGUUCCUCAGCAUUUGAAAUCUAUUACCUUAUUUUGGGGAUCUUUUUUUCAUUUGUGUGUUUUAUUUCAAGUUAUUUUUGUUGUGGCCUUAAAAAUCCCCUCUAAGCCACUCAAUUUUAUAGUAAUCAAAUACUGGGAAGUGUUUCAAAAUAAACUGCAUUAUCCUAUGAUCCUGUUAGCUCCUGAUGCUGGUAAAGCUUCAGGAAAGAGACCUUUUCUGAAGCCAAAGGGGUUUAGUAGAAACCUUUAUUAUCUGGGCAAAUUGUUCUUAACUUCCUAUAGUGGAUGCCAAACAGACUGUCCGAUCCAAGCGCUGGCUUUUCUGAGAUGGUCAGGAUUGCUGUGGACCAAGAAAAUACAAGACUGUCAAUACAGUCUUGCUUUGCUCACUCAUUGGGUAUUCCUGUUGAAGAUUCUGUAAAUAAUGGGAACAGGAUAUCGUCCCAAAUUAGCACUUUCUAGUAUUUUUAGUUAAAAGAGUGUUGCUAAAGCACUGUACAAGGCUUUGCGCUUUUGCAGGCAGCUCAACCAUGGAUUUGUGUUGACAAAAAAUAUUCCUAUAGAUACAUUUGGAUUUUGGUUUUUUUUACCAAAGGAUGGCUCAGAGGAAUUCAAACAGGUGACUCGCAGAAUCAGAAUUCGUGGACCAAUAAAAGAUUGGACUCUUCUGUUGUAUCGCUGCUUGUCUAGCUCUUUCAAAAGCAGGUUUUCAACACCUUGAGUCAGUUUAGAGCAAAGCAAUUUAUACUUUGCCCAUGUGAGACACAAUUCCUUGAAUGGGCUGGAGUGCGAUUAGUUUUUGACGAAAUUGAACAAGCACAUGACAUCUUUCCUUCAUUUUUUUCCAAAGUGCAUUAUCAUUUUGGUAAUCUCUGGUUUUUGUUGGAUGAAACAUUGCAGUAAUUGUAGUUUGCUUCCAUCUUGGAAAAUAUUAUUUUAGUCUUUCAGGGGAAAAAAAGAAUCCCUUUAAACCUUGCUCCCCUGACGUUAACCCUAGUUUCUGCAUUUGUUCUUAGUAGGAAAGAUGUACUCUGAAAAAGCUAACUAUAGUAGAAAGGGAAAAAACCCUGAUGUUUUUAAAUUGUCUUUACAAUCACCAGCAGAAUGCUGAGAGGCUGUUAAACAACUGAUGUUUUCAGGCUAGCACUGAUUGCUGACUUAAACCCAAACCCCACAGGGACCUGGAGAAUCCAAGUGUCACUUUCCUGACCUUUGUUGUUUCUUAAGGGUUUUGCUGAUUUCUGCUGUGAACAGUGAGUUGAUAGAACUUGAAGUAGCUUCAUUCUGAGAGGAUGAAGCCUUCUUUCACAGGGACAAACUCUGGUAUCUCUAAAGGGAAGGUACACAGGCCCUGAGUCCUUCUUGUUUGCAGUGGCAUCGCCCCAUAGGGCACUGAAGGUGAAGUGUGUUAGUGUUGAACUGAAGCAGGCGACCACUGGCACAGGGAUGCCUGCAGGGGAGAAGGCUUUGAGUUUGGCUGCAGCUGCCUGCAGGACAGGAGCUGGUGCUGUUAGCUGGGGGGGAGCAGGUCCCUUCACUUUCCUUGGAUCACGCUUUCCUCCUUAAAAGGGGAACGUUGCUCAGCACCUGCUGAGAGGGGAAAAAGAUUCUCUUCAAGCCUUAACAGUGGCUGAAACACACAGUACUGUAAGAUGCACUGCCAGCAUAUUUGGUAUUUUAAGAUAAAUGUAGUUUUUCCUUAGAGAUCAGAUUCUAGUGUUGAAAUUAUUAAGUCUUACUGUGAGCAGUUUACUCUUGCAUUCUUUUGGAAAUGGAAUCCUAGUGCUCAUGUUUCAUACUGAACACCGCUUUAGAAAGUUGUCAUUUUCAUCUGCCAGAAGGUGGUGUUUGUGAUGGUCAGUUUAUGCUCCUGCCUUGCAGACACUGGAGCUGCAGGCAGGCAUUGCCAAGAGCCCACCCUUGUAGCCAAACUACACUUGUCCUUUCCUUCCACAUGGAUGUAACAAUACCCACUGGACUGCUAGAGAUUGGGUUUAAAAACAUGCUGCUAUAUUUGGAAACCUGAUAUGGGUCAUGUUAAUUGUGCCUUUCAUCACUGUUUCUUCUGUGUGCCAGAGUUGUCCAUGUGUAGUUGAAGUUGCCAUUAAAAUAACUCUGUUCUUGAGUUCUUUCAUAAAAGGAGGGGACGGGGCUGUAGCUGGAGACAGUUGUUGCUUUACCAUCACAACACUCUGAAGAUCUGUGCUGCACAGGCCAAAGGCAAGGUAUUCCAAUAUUAUUCUUAAACGAAAUGCUUUUUGGUGUCACUUAAAACCCUCCUAAUGUAGAGCUUAUGCCAGUAUGUGCAAAAUACCUGCAGUAAGAGUUACGCUAAAUAGACUUGUUGCAGUUAAAUUUAAGCUACAGAGCUGUACAAGUAACUUGUUUUUAGGAAUGUACUGCAAAAGUAUUUGAACAAAAUUGCUAACAUGUUUACUGUUGUAAAUAUUUUAAUAAAAAAGGACACUUCCAACUUUUUUUACACAAUUAUCUACAAUAAAGAGAAAUUUAC